CUUAAGUCCACACUGUCUCCUCACAGUUACAGAGACAUCAGGGAGGCCUGUAGAAACAGAGCCAACGCCAGUAAACUAAUGCUAAGUAUUUAUCUCUCCACAUUAUUGGCUAAAAGGAUGAGCAUGGUGUAGCAGCUAAGGCCCAUCACGAGACUAACGAGAGGAGACUUACUGUUAACUCCUGUCUACAUUCACUGAGGUUUCCUGGAGUGUGGAUCUGAUUCCCUUGUGUGAAUUGUCUAGGAGGAGAGCCAAAGCCCUGGACCUUACUCACACUUGAGAAAAGCCUUGGACUUUACUAAAAACCGUGGACCAUACUAAGACAAAAAUAUUGAACAUACUAAGACAAGAGCCUUGGACUUUACCAACAGAAGAGCCUUGGAUCUAGAAGAAGAGCCUUGGACUCAAGGCUUACUAAGACAAAACUUUGGAAAGCUUUGAACAGAAGAAGACGAUGAGUUUUGAGAGUGUUCCCUCCAGGUCAGAGGUGAUGGGGUGGAACGCACGUAGUCUAGCCGACUAUAUGAAGAGGCUGAGGCUGUCCAGCUGUGACAAAGUGGUGAUGAAGACCAGCAUGAACGGAGCACGCUUUCUGAAGAUGAAAGAUGGCGACCUUCAGAAGUUUCCCACCAUUCAUAUUCCAGUCAUCACUAAGAUCUGUAGAGAGAUCAACAGGACUGAAGAGGAGAGGGGGUUCUGUCAGAGAUCAAGGGAACCUAAGAGCCAUCAACAAGAUUUUGUACAAGAGGAAGAUGAAGCCUGGGAUUCAGAAACGUUUGAUAUGAGUGAUAACGACUAUGAGAACCCUGACGAGGACGACAGUUAUAUCUGUGCCUUGUCUGACCGCCUGCCACCUGCAAAGGGAGAGGAGGAAGAGGAGAGUGAUGGUGACUAUGAGCCUCCUCCCUCAGUUACAGAGGAGAUCCCCCGCCUCCUCAAUCUCCCCAAGCCCCUAGGGAACAGUGACUAUAUAGAUUCUGUGCGUGGAGGUCCGUCAGUAACUCUUCCUAAUGGAAGGACUCCGAGACCACACCAGCGCCCUGGUCCUCAAGCCCUGGCCACCAGCCAUAACACACUGGCCAGACCUCCCACAUCCAGACUAGACCCCUCCCCUCAGAGGCCAUUCAAAGCUGCAGGCAAAUGCCCUUCUGUCCCCCUGGUCGACCGAAGCAAGAAACCUGGACAUCCCGCUCCCACCAAGAAACAACAUCAUCACACAAACACCAAAACAACUCCUACAAGAGAGGGCAGUCCAUUCAGCUCUCCCCAGCCCGUCAUAAUGAAGCCACCUCAACUAAAGGGCCCAAAGCCACCAGACUAUAGAUCCAGCUCCAGUAAACCUCCUGAUCCUUCUUACCCACCUCCUUUAAUGGUCCCCAACACAAUGCCAGGCACAGGGAAGGGCAUUGAUCCUGAGUGGUAUGGAGGACUGGUGACCAGAGGCCAGGCUGAAGCAUCUCUCAGAUGGGUUAACAAGGAUGGAGCGUUUCUGGUGAGGGACAGUUCCAAGGGGUCUUCUGAGCAGCCUUACACCCUCAUGGUGCUGAACCAAGGCAAGGUCUACAACAUCCAGAUACGUCACCAUGGCAACACAUACCACCUGGGCACCGGCCUCAUGGGUAGCGAGACAUGGAGAAUGGAACUGGAGCACAGAGCCAGUGCUGCCUGCUGCACCCUGCACCACUCUGACCAGAACCAGCAGCACAGGAGACACUGUUUUCCCAGGAGUGAAGAUGAUAGAACACCACACACACACCCCUCUGUUGCUCAUAGACAUGGAGAGAGGACCUGGAGCACAGAGCCAGUGCUGCCUGCUGCACCCUGCACCACUCUGACCAGAACCAGCAGCACAGGAGACACUGUGUGUGUUCUCAAUGACUCUCAAAGAAAACAAGUGUAUAAAGUAGCUGGUAGAGAUUUGAUUUUUGAUUUGAUUUGGAUAAAAUUUAGUCACCAUUUGGACUAAUCUUCCAAGAGUCCUUAAACAUUACAAUACAAUUUAUAAUACGAACACAGUUUCACAUAUAACACACUAUUACAAACAUACAUAAUAUACUAACAUAAUGACCCAAUAAAUACUCAAUCUAAAAAUAGUGAUUAUUCAUCUACUAUAGCCCCCAACAUUUCUAUGUAUUAUAUUUAAAUAGUUUUAAAAUAAUGUUUACAUUUAUAUAUUGACAGGUUUCUAGUUUGCUCAGUUAAUUUAUUCCAUUUCUUUAUUGCUCUAAAUCGAAAUGUUAUUUUGCCUAUUUCUCUUUUCUGUCUGGAUAACGCAUAGAUGGUGGACAAUCUAUUCCUAGUAUUUACGGAAUGUCUGUCUCUUACCAACUGAACACCGUUGUGAAUAGAACUUGGCCGUUUUAAAUUAUGUAUAUUAUGAAAUAAAAUAAGCAUGUUUUUUUCAA